AUGCGAUAUACACGUCAAUCCCGUUUCUCCAAGAAGAAGAGACGCGGUUUUGUGGCGCCUGCCGAGUCGCAGAAGAUACCUCCUGAACCCUCCAUGACGAGGCAGCCAUACGAAGUUUUCUUGGUGCUGGACAUAGAGGGAACUUGCGAUCAGGGCACGGAUUUCAAUUACCCCAAUGAAAUCAUUGAGUUUCCAGUAUGCUUAAUGCGCUGGAAAAACAGAACGGACGACGAUUUCUGCAGCGAACUGGAAGUUGUUGAUGAAUUUCGGACAUAUGUAAAACCAAAGUGGAGACCGACACUCUCGAAGUUCUGCACAGAGCUUACUGGUAUAACGCAGGCACAAGUUGAUGACGCACCUCUCUUUCCCGAUGUAUUGGUUGAUCUGGAGAAAUUUCUAGCGAAGCAUGGAUUGAUAGAUGAAGAAAGCUCGGAGCCUCUGGCACGGUUUUGCUGGUGCAGCGACGGCCCUUUUGAUGUCCGAGAUUUUGUUGUUAAACAAUGUUUUAUAUCCCAAGUCAAGAUGCCACAGUGGAUACAAUAUAGUGUUGUGGAUGUUCGAAAGGCAGUCUGGCUAGCCCUCCAGUCGGCUCAGACCGAGCAGCCAUCGACGCACGAAAGUGAAUUGCCAACAAUCCGCUCGUUAAACAUCUCUGCACAACUACAGGCUCUUGAAUUGCCGGGAUUCGAAGGCAGACAACACAGUGGCAUCGACGAUAGUCGCAACAUCGCCAGGAUUGUUGCCGAGCUUGCUCGGCGUGGCAUUUGCUUGAUGCCGAACACAGCAAUACAUCCAGGAAGGCGAUGGCGGUGGAUGGGGAAGCACGGCCAGAUACGGGAAGAAUACUUGAACUAAAGGAUCCGUCUCCAUCUCUGUGUAUUAUAUUUGAUCUUGAUCACAGACACCGCAAUACUGACUUUCUACGGU